AUGGGAAGCAUCAUUUGCAGACCUAAGCCGGGGUUAAACGGAAACUACGGCGCAAGGCUUCGUACAAAUCCCCUAAUAAGCAGCCACAUUACGGACCCGCAGGAAAAGUUUAAAGAAGUAAAAAAGUCCUCCCUUAAACUUUUAGUCAACAAGUUCUGCACGUCCAGGUCUCCUCCGUUCACCCAUAGGCGUUUGUUGUCACCCGGCGGCCUAGAGCACGAGGCCGGGAGCCGAGGUCGCCCCGGAGUCGCGACAGGGAGGAGCAGCGGAGGCCGGCCCCGGAGAAGUCGGCUCCGGAGAGGCGUUACGCAACGACCCCGCAGCGACCGCCGGACGGCGCGGCCCGGGACCGGACACCGGGCGGGGACCGCGCCGCCGAGGGCCCGGGAGACAGCGCGCAAGGCCGCGAGCGCGCGUGGUGGACGGCGCGGCGCCCGGAGGCCCAGGCUGGGCGGGGUCGGCGCCGCGGGACGCGGGGUCUCAGCCUCCGGACGCCGCCGCCGAGCACAACAAAGCCGCCCCAACGCCGCCACCCACUGCCCCGCACCCGCCCGGCACCGGCGCGACGGACGCUCCGCGGCCCGCAGGGCGGCUCGACCGCGGGGCCAGGCGGGCGGAGCCCGGUCCCGACGAACUUCCCGGCCGCGGCCCCAGCCUCACCUCCGGGAGCGCUCUACACCCUCGGCGGCGUCCUGGCCCGCGGCUCCGGGACCUCGCGCGCCGGGAGACCGGGCGCCGGUGGCGGCAGUGGUUGCUGACCCCGUAGGGUCGGGGGAGCCCGGGGAAGCGGCGGCGGCGCUGGCGGCGGAGGCUCCAUCUUCCCGGGGCGCUCACGCCGCGGUUCCGACGCGCAGACCCGAGCGGGACAUUCGCUACAUUGUUGGCAUUCCACGGGCGUCACGUGACCCCUCCUCCCGCGUCACUCCCGGCCGCAUACCAGCCCGGGCGGGGCGCCCGCGGCCUUGCUCCCCGGCGCCCGCUCCGCCCCGCCGGCCGCUUCCUGCACCUCCCGGCCGGGCCGCCACCUGCCCUGCGGUGGAAGUCCGCGGCCCGGGAGCGCCGGUUCUCCCCAGCGCCUCGUACCAGUCGGUUAAAAAAAAACGGAACAGUACAAACCAACCAGCGAGACUGGCGUUUACACUUCGGCCACUCCUUUAGCCUCCAUUUGGGGAUUUGGUCCAGGGACAGACGCUGAGAAGAAAUAACAGCGUGGAAGCCAAGUCCUCCAUCUACUAUUGGCUCGCUAACAUCACACUUCCCACCACCUACGGUCUGUGGUAAGUGAUGGUGAGGACUAAUGGUUUUAAAAGUCAACCUGGUUUCCUCUGUAAUUAACAAUCGUGACAUUUGAAGUUUCAAUUCCGGAAGAAACAAUAACGAAGAUCAUUUGUUCCAGCUUUUAUUUAUUUAUUUAUUUAUUUAUUUAUUUAUUUAUUUAUUUUGUACUGGGGAAGGAACUCAAGCUCUCUCUCCUGUGCUAAAUUCAGGCUGUCUUACCAGAGGAACCCUUGUCCGGACAGUUUUACAGCUGCCUCACCAGCCUUUAGUCCUGAACUGUACCCCCAACACCACAAAAAAAAAAAAAAAAGAAAGAAAGAAAGAAAAAGAAAAAGAAAAGAAAAAUCCCUUAGGUCUUCUUCCAGAUAAUCUCUCCAGAGUUCUCAUUUCUCCAUCCUUUGAACUUUCAUAAGCAAGCAUCCUGCAGCAUUUUUUUUUUUUUGGUCCAUCUGACCCUGUGUGCUUAUACUGACAUCUUGCACGGUGAUGGGAACCCAGUGCAUCUCCAACAAUUUAUCUUGUAAAAGAGGAACCCGAUUUUCUGGCGGUGGUGGUGCACGCCUUUAAUCCCAGCACUCGGGAGGCAGAGGCUGGCGGAUCUCUGUGAGUUCGAGACCAACCUGGUCUAAAGAGCAGUACAGAGAAACCCUGUCUCGAACCAGUCCCCCCCAAAUGAGCCCGACUGGCUGGCACUCACCUGUGUAUUUCCUCCCUCAGCACCAAGCACACUGGCAUCCUUCACUGUGUUUAAAUUCUUGCCUCUUGCUCUUUAAAGGUGUAAGAAACUUUGAUCAAGCCAGCUGUUAGUGUGUCACACCUAUCAUCCCAGCACUAGGAGGCAGAGGCUGGCGCACCUGAGUUUAAGACCAGCCUGAUAUACAUAGAGUUCUAAAACAACCAUGGCUACACAGAGAAACCUGUCUCAAAAACAACAAAACAAACCAAAGAAAGAAAAAUUUCAGUCAAAUGAAAAAUGCUUUUAUGGUGUUUAGAUUAUAAACGCCCCUCAAAGGUACUUGUAUUCAGAGGGGCCGUGAUAGUACAUGCCUUUUUUAAUCCCAACACUGGGGAGACAGAGGAAGGUAGAUCUUUGAGUUUGAGGCCAGCCUGAUCUACAGAAUGAGUUCCAAGACAUCCAGGAAUACACAAGAGAACCCCAAGUACAUGUAUUGUAGAUUUGACUUCCAACCUGAAGCCUAUUGGGAGUAUAGUGGAAGUUAAACCAUAGUAUGGGACCCCUUACUGUUUUGAUUCCAGUGUGGCUGUAUGGUGAGCAGCGUUAUAGUAUCAAGAGAGCAAAGGCAGCCAGCCACAGGAACAGACUUCUGAAGCUAGGCACCUUCAUCUCCUAAUACAAAUGGUCUCUUUGGAAAUACCUAACCUGUUUUUUGCACUUAGGACUGGAGAGAUGGCUUAGCAGUUCAAAGCACUUGCUAUACAGUUCUGGCAUCUACAUUGGAAACCUCACAAAUGCUUGUAACUCCAGUGCCAAGGGAUCCGAUGCCUUGUUUUGGCAUCUGCAAAUUAUGUACACACAUACACACAUGUAUAUGCAUGAAACAUACACACAAAUAAAUAUGAAGUAAAUCUUAAAACUUUUCUUGCAGUUGCAGUGACUAUUAGACUGAUUAUAAUAGUGAAAAGUCAAGAACAACUUAAGUGUGCAACAUCAGAGAAGGACCAACAUUCACAUGGUGGUAUAUGUACAGGAAUUAAGAAAUCGGCUUCGUUUUUUUCAAAGUAUAAAUGAGAAUUCAGAACCAAUGUGGAACAAAGAAAAACAAUUUGCAGAACUGUAUACAUUAUGGUACCAUAUUCACAAAUAAACAGAGCCUUUGGAACCUA